AAACCCAAAGAUAGUGGGGACUAUUUUGGGCCUUUUCUCUUUAUUUGGCCAGAACCCUUAUAUUUUUAAUGGAACGGCACGGCAGCAGGCAGCGUAAGGCAGAUCUGUGACAGACCCGUCUUCUAGAUAAGGUAAUGGGUGAUAAGAAGAAGGCUGGAGCUCUAUUCGUGAGGCUUGUUUCAGCUGCUGGAACUGGGUUUUUCUAUGUAAAGAAGAAGACCAAAAAGCUUCAAACGAGUCAAACGAAACUUGAAUUUAGAAAGUUUGAUCCUCGUGUGAAUCGUCAUGUUUUGUUCAAGGAAGAAAAGAUGAAGUGAUACAAAUGCCAAACUUGUACCAGACUCUUUGGCUUUCGUUUGUAGCAACCAGACGUGAAUAUAGAUAAAGAGACCUGUAGCACAACAAUACGGCUGGUUUGUUUAGUUCAAUCUAUAUAUUGUAAUUCUCUGAAGAGUGGCUGUGGACCAAUGAUUAACUUUGUUGACUGCAAUCACAUUACAGGAAAAUAGCUGAAAGAACCUUUCAUAGGCCUUGAACUAUGAUUUUUUGAGUUCCAACUAAAAACUGGAAAAAGUUGAGUGCCAUUAAGGUUUCA